AUGGCGCCGUUCGCGUACGAGUUUCGAGGAAAUGGAGACCGACCUCGAGGCGGAGAUCGAAAUGGAGACUCGGUCAGAGGCGGAGAUAGUUAUAGACCGAGAAGAGAUGAUGGUGAAAGAGAUAGAACGCCGCGCCAUCAGUUCACUUUUCGAUUUCCCAAACCUACCGCUGACCGCCCGUUACUGUCGCGAAAACGUGAAACUACUCCGGAACUGCUCGUUGGUCAACAAGAAGGGCAAGACCAACCACGAUUCAAGUUUGCUCAGUUGGAUGAAUUGACCGAUAGUGAUGAAGCAGCGAUGGAAGAAUCUUCCUCCGAGAAUGAAGAUGCGAGUGGCUCGGAUCCUCCACGCAAGAAACGCGCUAUUGAACCCGCAGUCACCGCUGCUCCUGAGCGGCCGAAGUGGUCGAAUCCAGAUCCUUAUACAGCCCUUCCCCCUCCAGAUGAGACACAAACUAAACGACCUGAUUUUGUGAAACUUAUUCGAAAGGCUCGAAUCUCAGCAACUGCUGCGGAACCACUCAUCGGCGGUGAUGCAGUCACUACCAACGAAGACUUCAUCUCUUUAAAAGCCGACGAUGACGACCUCGAAGAAGACAAUUCACCACCAGAAAAUGCUCCUUUGGGUCCAAAGAAUCGCCAGCAACCUCAGACUGAAGGCGUGAGUGCAGGCAAGAAGCGCACGCGGGAUGACCAGAUCAAAGUGUUCACUGGAAAGUCAGGCAAGAUUAGCUUCACUCCAGAAGGAGACAUCGUCAGCAUAUGGAAGGCCCGGCCAUCCGACAAUGGGAGCCCCUGGCUUGAAUUGAUGGAGCCUACAAUGCAUAUUGGUACUAGAUUACAUAACGAAAUCCUCGCUUUUUAUGACUGGGUCAAACCCCGCCCGUACGAAGAUGUGAUUCGGAGAGACCUCAUUAACAGAAUACAAGGUGUAUUCGAUUCUCAGCCAAAGUUCCGGGAUAUGGAGAUUCGGUCAUUUGGAUCGUUCGCGUCUGGGCUCUAUCUUCCUGUGGCCGAUAUGGACCUGGUCAUACUCUCGCCCAGUUUCAAACGCUAUGGAAGGGAAACUUUUGUUCCUUACAGAAGAAGUUCAGCAGGUAGAAUCUCUAUCUAUGAAGUCGCCAGAGUGAUUGAAAGAGCCAACAUCGUGGCUUCUGGGUCAAUGGAAAUCAUUUCUGGAGCUAGAGUUCCCAUUCUCAAGUGGAUUGAUCGUUUGACCGGUUUACGGGUGGACAUGGCAUUUGAUAAUGAUAGCGGUAUUCGUGCUAUUCAAACCUUUGAAAAGUGGAAAGAAGCCUACCCGGCGAUGCCUGCUAUUGUUGCCGUCAUCAAGCAAUUCUUGCUUCUACGAAGUUUAAACGAGGUUCCCACAGGUGGUUUGGGAGGAUUCGCUAUAAUAUGUCUCGUUGUUAGCCUACUACAGCAUAUGCCUCAUCAUUUGAAUGGCUAUGGCCCCUCUCUUGGCAGUAUUCUCAUGGACUUUUUUGAUUUCUAUGGCAACAAGUUCGAUUUCACGUCGGUUGGUAUCCGUAUGGAGCCGCCAGGGUACUUCAACAAAGUUGUCUAUAGCAACGAGAAAAAGGUACGGCUGUCCAUUGAGGAUCCUAAUCGACCAGAAAACGACAUUUCCGUGGGCACAAAAGAGAUAGGCCUUAUAUUUCGCUGCUUUUCCAAGGCCUACGACGUACUGAAGUCUCGAAUGACGUCGCUCGCAGUUUCGCAGAAUCAGACGCAUGUUUGUUUUUUGGACACCAUCAUCUCAGCAUGCUACGACGAAUAUGCAGACCAGCGUGCCCAUUUGCGAAAAAUAUUUGAGGUCGAGCCCAGGUUCAUUCCAUACCGUGGAAUGCUCACACCUCCACCACCACCGCUAGAUAGCCCUUCGGACUCAGAGUAUGACCCGGAGCAUGCCCCUGUUCCCCCCCCUCCACCUCCACCUUCAGCUCGAACGCAGCCUGAGCUGAAGAUCAAAGGCUUGGGAACCUCGAAUAUCAACGAAGAUAAAACGGCUGCCAAGAAGCAGAAGAAAAAGAAGAAGAAAGCACCGAAACAAAAUUCAAAGGCGAAGAAGGCAUAG